AUGGCUCAGCAGAAGAAGGCUACACAAGCAGAUCAAGCAAUGGAAAUGCCGGACGUUAAUGUCGAAACCGCAGCAAUGUUCACUAAAAAUGCUCGAUGGGUUUCACCAGACACCAACAAAACAGACACGAGAACGUAUAUUAUUGAAGCUCAUCUUCAAUACCUGAAGCACGUGCAUCACACCCCACUAGUCAUCGAUCCCAGCAACUUCGAGAACGCUGUAAAGUCAAUGCCUGUCGAGGAUAGAGUUUAG